AUGUGCACCGUUAGUCAACCCGUCCACAUCCUGGUCCGUCCAGCCCGCACCGCGUCCGUCGUGUCAGACCACGCCUGUGCCGCUUCGCCGUUUUUCGUCUCGGCGCCUUCGCCUUCGCAGCCAAGCCGCUGCCCCUGUUCGCCGCCUGCGCGCCAGCCUAUUCAACUCACGCUCGUGCGCCGCCGCCUCACACGCCGGAACUUUGUCAAUCUACCUCUCCUGUCCUUACCGAUCCGUUGCCUCCGCCUAGACACCGUCAGCUUGCCAUCACCGCCCUCAUGUUUCAUCGGCCAUCCAGAGCAUCGCCCAUGCAUGACGCCCGUUCGCAACCUUUGACCUGUCGCCCAGGACUGCCCCGCUCGCCAACACUCGACCAUGGUAGAUGAGUUUCCCCUCGUGUUCGCUGUCCAACACAGCCCCUCUUUAGAGUUCUAGUUUGCAUUGUGCCCGUCCAGUUGCCUUAGAUAGCCUGCGCGCCCCCUUGCUAGAACCUCGCCCGACUCGCGCGCUCCAGCGCCUCUCUCCCUCUUCUCUAUCGUUUCACUCGCCUAUCGCCUAUUCAGAUUGCUGAGUUUCCGUAGAGAACAGGUUCGUUGCAAAUGCAUAAUCGUUUCACUCGCCUAUCGCCUAUUCAGAUUGCUGAGUUUCCGUAGAGAACAGAUCGCUCGGCUGCGCCGCGUCCGUCCCUCCAGGCCGCGUCCUCACCGCCUCGCGACUUCUCGACCGGGGAGCACUUUGCCACGCCGUCCUGCCUCGCAACCUCCCGAAACGAUCCGGCUCGUGCCGUCACACGAAUCCCCAGCGACCUCCGGUCCCAACUUAACACUUCAAACGCCGCUGGCGCGGACUCAGUGCCAUCACUGAUGAUAUUGAAGCCCUUGGUUCAUGUAGCGCAGCGUUGUACCCACCAUUGUCUUCAUAUCAUGUGCCCGCUUAUCUAAAUCCGAAAGACCGUGACGGUCCCGAUUACUUCUGCUCGAACGAUAUCGGGUUGAGUUCAGUGUCUCCUUUCCUCUGUUUCAGUCCCGGUGAGCCUCAAACCCUUGUUCCAACUUCGAAUCGUAUCAAUCGAACCUCUCGAUCGCCCUCGUCUGCACAAUCUCAAACUUGAUGCACUCGUCUUCCCUCAACUUCCGAAUCCUCCGCCGCGACUCCGAGAGCUUGUUCUCAAUUUCGAUAAGCUCCCAACUCGACGUCAAACAGACGGCGCUUUGCCACAGGUUCAAGCGGUAGACCUAAGAGCCCUUUAUUUACGAGGGAGACGGAAUUUGGGCAUGUGGGAGCCUGGUCGCCUCGAGGUUAGAGGGCUCGACAAAAACGUAUUGCGAAAGGGGUCGGCGAGCCCGGCGAUCCUCGUUCCUAAGUUGUAGUCAUAGUUUCCACGCUUGUCCUUGUUCAAAAGCUCUUCCUGCGCAGAGGCAAGUGCGAAGGCCUCGAAUCGAGCUCAAACCACUCAAGCCCCACGUUCCCAUCCGCGACUACCUCGGCCCCAGAUGGCCGUGUGUGCCCGCCCACUGCAAGGCUCGACACUGGGAGUGCAAAGGACGAACCGGACACUUCAGCACGUGCUGCUUGCAGGGUAAGGUGCAGCUACCUCCUCUCUCCGGCCCAAUCCCGAGUAUCAAUAGCUACUUGAAGGCUCGGAUAGCGGCCAGUUGCUCCGUCCAACGACAUUCGUCUCACAUGCUGAACUGUGCGACCCACCUACACAGAAGCUAAGGCAUUCCGGCGUUCCGCGAGAAUGCCCGGUCGUACAACAACGCGCUGUCGUUCACUUCGCUUGCUGCUCACUUCGACCAGAUACGACUCGGCACUUUAGGACCCCCGUGUUCGCGUGUUCGGUCAUCUCUAUCAUCGACUCGGUGCCCUGAUCCCCGCCGUGAAUCAACGCCCAGCCUUUGCUCAGACAUGGCUCAUCGACCCGGUCGAGGCCACCGACACUCGACUUGGACCCAACAGCCCAGACCGUCGCAUACAAAGAUCUAUGUUGACCAAGCUCGAGUCCAAGUUGCGUACCAACAAUCGCUUUGUGAGGCUGUUUGCAUUGACCAAAGCUCGUGCAGGUUGGGAUACGGCCAAAUAGUGGAUCCUGCGCCUCUGCCUCCCGCCAGGCUGAGACCGACGCACCCACAACCUUCCUACGUCGAGCACGGAAAUGGCGAUACUCAUCUGCGAUUCCGACACCAACACGGGAGAUCGUGGACGUCAAGACCUUAUUCUCCAGGUGCACGGUGAUCGAUGUCCCGAGGGUCGGCCCAAAUACCAAGUCGUUAGCUCGCUCCAUCCGUCCGCGAUGCCUCUCCGUUACCCAUUACUUUUUCCUGCAGGGGAAGAUGGCUUCCACCCCAACAUUCCUCUUUGCGGGUUCCACCAAGCCGGGCCGCCAAUCGCCAGAAACCGAGAGCAGAUCGACAAUGGUGUCCAAUUGCGCGAGGUACUUGCCGGUCUCGGUCUGGAUGACGAAGACGUACAGGAGGACGAAGACCGCGACGAUGAGGAUGAAGACGGCGAGGAAGGGGACGAAGAGAAUGGUGAUGGUGAACGUACGCGUCUUCGGCUCUUUCUCGGAUGUUCCAUUCUGUCUAAGGCGCAAGCACAGACUGACAUUGAACUUUUGAACACCUAGGACGAAGGUCAAGUAAAGGGGUCGAGGUCGAGGUGGCGAGUCUCGCGUUCACAAUUCUUUGCGCACUACUUGCCAAAGGCGACAAGUACUUCUCAAUCCCGCAUUGCACCCAACGUCCCUUCCUGGAGUUUGUGAUUUACGGAUGUACUCCCAAGUCAAGACCGAUUGACUCAACACAUCCGGUUGCAUCAAGAGAACCUACACCUCACCACGACCCAAGGCAUCAACGGCUUGACCCCGAACCAAAUCGCGACAUCACGCAGCGAUACCAGGAUGCGAUGGCGUGCGUUGUCAAACAUGGAAAGCCUCCGCUGCUCAUCACGAUGACGUACGACCCCGACUCACCGGAAAUUAAGGCUGCACUGGGGCCGAUAAAGCAUGCAACCGUCCAGAUCUCAUUGCACGAGUGUUUGAAGCCAAGCCCGGCAACAAGCGACAUGCAGGCUGUUUCGGCGAUGAAUGUAAGAUGAAUAGAUUUUGUUUCUUUGCUGUACUUCGUAUUGUGUUUUCUUAACCUCUGCGCUGAUAUCAUGUAGACUGUUCGAUUAUCCUGCUAUUUUUUUGAAUUUCAUCCUCCCGUUAAUUUAACGGGUUCCCACUGGUGGUCCAUAAGCGCUAUAGCGAAGAAACCGCAAGUCGAGUUUAAAAAUCUAGAGCCGACUCGCGCCAGUCUCGCGCCCGACUGCAGUCGGAUCGGUUAAAAAAUCCGACGGCGUGCCGACUCGCGCCCAACUGCCCGUUCCCUAGAGUGCAUAAGCCGCCCCCCGCGCAGGUCUUUCUAGCCAAGCCCGCUCCUCCAGCCUUGUCAGUUCCGCACCGCUUGCCGCUGCUGUACCAGUUCAUCGCUGUGUACCUCUGCCACCCUCCUGCCAAGGUUGGUGUCCGUCCUCGAACUCUUCCUGUCACUACGCCUCAGGCUGACAGGUUCCGAGUCUCACACAGGACCUUCCCCAGCGAUCACGGACGCACCUACCCCUGUCUGCAGCCCCCGCCCUACGCCUGCCAAGCGUAG